GACGCAGCGUCGUUGCGAGAUUUGAAGAUUGAGGUGCGGCUAUGGCGAGCGAGCUUCGCAGGGGAAGUUCAGCAAUUCGCAUGCUGGCGCUCGUCGGGAAUGCUCGGCAAUUGACUAUCUCCCGAAUCGCGAAGCCCUGGUCGACUAGUCAUUGACGUUUCUGUGAAUUCCGUGUUGUGGAAGCGCGAGCUAUGGCGGAUGCCGUUCGCCCUGUUUCCGCUUUCCUAACAGUGUCGUCUCGCUCACCUUUCUUUUCUUGCCAACCGGUCGUUGCUCGGCCUUCAUCGCGGAGCUUUGCUCCUCGCAUAUUUGCCGCACGCCUCAGAAUUAUGGCUGAGAGUGACCCUGUGCUUGAUUGGAUCAAGGGGGACGGGGGUGCAACGAAGAUUCUACGCUCGGCACCUGUUGGAGGAGGUUGCAUCAGCACUGCCACUCGCUACGAUACAGACGCGGGCUCCUUCUUCGUUAAAACCAACUGGGACACUGGGCCAGCAAUGUUUGAAGCUGAAGCUGCCGGGUUGAAUGCCAUGCACGCGACAGGCACAAUUCGUGUUCCCAAACCAUUGAAAGUUGGUCCAUUAUCAGCAUAUUCGAGAGGGUCCUUCAUCAUUAUGGAGUAUAUCGAAAUGGGGUCAUCUAGAGGAAAUCAAGCAGAGCUUGGUAGGCAACUAGCAGAAAUGCACAAGACGAGUUCAUCAGAGAAGGGCUUCGGGUUUGAUGUAGACAACACCAUUGGCAGCACACCACAAAAGAAUCCUUGGACCGACGACUGGAUUACCUUCUUUCGCGACCAUCGUCUUGGAUUCCAAUUACAGCUCAUAAAGGAUCAGUAUGGCGACAAUGAUCUCUACGUUAAAGGGCAGCGGCUUAUGGAGAGGCUGCCGACCUUGAUGAAGGACCUUGAUAACGUUCGCCCAUGUCUAUUACAUGGUGACCUCUGGAGCGGCAAUGUUGCCACGGAUGCAAAAGGAUCCCCCGUAGUACUUGAUCCUGCAUGUUAUUAUGGGCACAAUGAAGCGGAGUUUGGAAUGUCAUGGUGCGCAGGGUUUGGCCCCUCUUUCUAUGACGCUUACUUCAAGGUCAUGCCAAAACAACCAGGGUUUGAGCAACGGACAGAGCUGUACAAAUUAUACCACUACCUCAACCAUUAUAAUCUUUUCGGAUCAGGAUACCGUGGCUCCUGCACUUCCAUAAUUAAUAGCUAUCUUGCAGUUGCGCGUUGAGGUUUAGACUACUGUAGUGGUAUUCAGUCUUACUUAACGCAGCGGAUGCGUAAGUAUUAUAAGAGCUUUGCGCAGCAGCAUGCACGUUCCACUUUGAAAUCGGCAUUAGUGCUUUUAUUCACGUUUCAUGGCAUACUUAUUGUUGAUUAUGAAAACAUGUGAUAUGUAUAUUAAAACAUCUUGCUGCUUCUGUUCCUGAAA